UUGUUGCGUCACAUCCAGGGGCCCCUGGGCACUCAGCUAGAUGCUGGUGGGCGUGACGUCAUGCAUGAAAGUUGGAUACAAUGCCCUCCAUGUUUAGGGGAAGUUGAGUAUUCAACUGACAACAGUAACAUGUGACGUACCGAAGACAUGUAGGUGAUCAAUGGAAUUUUUGCGUAAUUGACGCGACCGUUUGGAAAGCGAAGGCUCGCUGAAACAGAGUUGGACCUGUGAAGUUUUUUGGGUGAAUGGUUCGUGUAACACCCAACUAUAAAGCGGUCUGUUCUCGGGUGGACAAACGGGCUGCUUUGGAUAAAGCGUGUAUCGGAAUUAGUUUACACCGAGUUGUUUUUUGGACUCUUUUUGUGCUUCAUUGUAAAAUGCGGAACCCGUUGGACAAACGUGUUUAGGAUUGUUCUUCGGCGACAACAGCCCUUCUCGGACCUCCGUCGCCGGGCGAGAGCCAGGCAUCGUCCGUUAGAGGAGUAUCAGAAUGAUAAAGCCCAAAGUGGGUCGCAUGUUUCUGGCGACAUGCGUCGGGUCGUUUUUCAUUCUUAUAUUAUACUUCCAGAACAUCUCAAGAUCAGCUUCUGAACAGAUUUCGGGCCGGAACAGUUUCUCAGUUAAAUCGGGAAGAAGUCCUUUGCAAACACUACAAGAAAAUGACCAGCUGGAGCAGUCUGCAGUGCAGGCCACUCUGCAGGGUCGAAGGGAACUCCUGGAGGAAACCUGUCGCACCCACACCCGCAAAAGACGCGUACUCGGCCCGGAGGACCUCCGCCACCUUAUAGUGGACGAUAAACACAAGUUAUUGUAUUGCUAUGUCCCCAAAGUGGCAUGUACAAACUGGAAACGUGUGUUGAUGGUGCUAACAGGAGAUGGGCGCUAUCGCGAACCACUGGCUAUUCCAGCCAACGAGGCUCACGUAGUGGGAAACCUGCGUUCGCUCUCAGAGUACUCCACGGCUGAGAUCAACAAGCGCCUACGCACAUACCUGAAGUUUGUCUUUGUGCGCGAACCCUUCGAGAGACUUGUCUCCGCAUAUCGCAACAAAUUUACCCGUAGCUACAACACGGCCUUCCAUAAACGCUACGGGACCAAAAUCAUCCGGAGGCAUCGUGUAGACCCCCAAGCUGAUGCACUGGAAAAAGGCAAUGACGUCUCCUUUGAGGAAUUUGUGUAUUAUUUAGUAGACCCCCAGACUCAGAGAGAGGAACCGUUCAAUGAGCACUGGGAAAGGGUUCACUCGCUUUGCCACCCUUGCUUGAUCCAUUACGACGUGGUGGGCAAGUACGAAACUCUUGCACAAGAUUCGCGCUACAUCCUGAAGUUAGCAGGUGCUGAAGGAGAGGUCAAAUUCCCGGCCACGUCCAAAAGCACCAGGACCACAGGUGACAUGGCCGCCAAGUUCUUCGACAACAUCAGUCCGUUUUACCAGAAGAAACUCUUCAACCUUUACCGAAUGGACUUCUUGCUUUUUAACUACUCUGUGCCGGCAUACUUGAAGUUGAGAUGAGGGCUUCAGCGAGUUUCAACUGAUACAUUACUUGCACAAACGGAUGUGAGUCUUGCGGGCACUGAUGCUUAAACUUUCGCUCUUGUGUCUGGAUUCGAGUGAAUUACCUGAGGGAACCUGUAGAGGAUGCGCCUUGGAUAUGGCGUCACCCUCGCUCCCUUGGGGCGAAUUUCAGCAUUGUGAACGGAUUAGUGCUGGCUGGGGUGUUGCAUCCCAUCCCGAAAGUUCACAAAAUACUGUCUGUAAUUCCUUUGGCUUUGGUAACUUGCGACCAAGCUCCAAGUAUGUGCCUUUGUCCUUCUGAAUGUUGAUAAGUGAAGCAGGAUUCUUCAUCAACAGACAAAUGCUAUGAAUGUUUCAUCUCCUUUAAUCUUCACCACCCAAAAGGAUAUUUAUGGUAUUGUUUACGUAGCAUAUUUAUUGUGGAUUUUGCUCUUGAACUGGAACCAGCAAAGCCUUGACGUUAAUCUCGAAGAGAUUCCUUGAAGCUGAUCUCAAAGACUCCUUUUUAACAUUCCCUGGAUAUGAUUUCAGACCUUAACCCUACGCCCAAUCACAAAGGUAGUUUCCAAGUCACAAACCGUCAACUGUUUUAAGCAGAUAGCUGGUAACAUGUUGGAAGGAUUCAAGGGUAAGGGAUGAAUUUAGACUUCUCCUGCAUUCGCAAACUGGACAAGGCUGUCUACUUUGGCCGGUUUAGCUACUCUGGAAAGAAAUGGUGUUCUCACAGAGUCACCGCUUUAUUUAGCAUGCAACGGGCUGGGUAAACAGUGCAUAGCUGUGGUUGGGGAAAGGUAGACCCUCAUCAGUGCGGCUCUUGUUAAGCUAUGGAUGCAGGGUGAGGUGCAAACUACUCACUGGGCAUUGCAGGUCAAACAUCAGCAUGAUCCUGGGAUGAAACACUCGUCUUAUGAAUUUAUAAUAAGGGUUGAAGUGCAAUAAAGGUUUUUGGAGAGGUACCAGUAUGUGUUUAGAGGAUUAGCUAUCCCUUAGAACUCUUAAAGUGAGAGAAAAUCAAUCCCUGACAGUACAGUUUAACGUCUUAUUAGUUUUCACGACUGUUCUUUUGGGUCAUUAGCACUUGGUUGAAAUGACCCUGAAUAAUUUAGGUAUUUCUUCUUGUCUGCGAAAAAGCCUAAUGACUCGUUUUUAUGGUUGAAAUGAUGAUGAACUCUUUAGAGAAACGGUGAGAAGAAGGAGUCUGACUAAUAUCUGGCUGACAGGCAGACAUGUCCUGGUGCACAGUGGGUACCUUGUGUGCCACAUUGCAUAACGAACCUUCCCAAAUUGCUCUUGGAAAUGUUUUGUUGGAAAAUAUUUUCUAUCUAGCUAGUUAGGCUCUAUUUCAAUGUUGAGCUGGAAUCUUACAGCCUUUUGUAAGGACAAAGGGAGUCAUCUAUAAGUCUAGGUUUGUAAUACUCUUCAAUGGGCAAUUAUAUUUAAUUAUUUGAAGAGGAACAUCAUGUCUUGAUUUGAAAGUUACAGGAGUCCCAGUGCUUUUGUCCUGUCAUAAUGUCAUUAUUCUGAUGUCAAAUUAUGAAUGUGCUGUUAAGAGGAUUCAUAUGAGAAAUGUGAGUGGGGGAAAGCCUUUCACUGUAUGAGCUGAGCUGUUGAGAGUGUGGCAACAGUAUGUGCCAUUUGUGAUGUAACUAACAGUUUGCACCUGUUUUGAAAGCUUGUGGACAUACAUGUGCUGCAAAACUGUGAAUGCCAAUGUGCACUAGACAGUAUGGAAUCCUGCUUUGAAGGGUAAAUAAACUUUUCGAUUUUUUUUUUUUUUUUUUUUUUCAGUGGACAACAGGGAAUACAUCAACCAACAGUGAUUAUUUCAUGUGCUUUCAUUUUUUUUACAUUUAAUUAUAAAGUUAAACUGCCUCUGGUACGACAGUGAAACUUGGACAAAUGUUUUUUGUUUGUUUGUUUGUUUGUUUGUUUUUUACUGUUUUAGGGACCACAACACUCAACUGUAGAAAAAUCAUGUGAUUAAGGUUAAUUAUAAUUCAGAGUGAAGAUAUUACAAAUGUGUUGAAUAAAACUGCCACAUGAACAAUAUAAUUGUCAUCAAUUCAUUCAAGUGAACAAACAGUUACAUUCAUUAUAAGAUUUUGCCUUUUUCCAAAGUGUGGUAUUUUGAGAGAGAAAAAAAAAAUUCAGGUGCAAAUAAAUUACAAACUGAGAGGUACGUUAGACCCUCUGUAUAUGAGAUAUAGUAUCCAGUAAAAAUAUCUAGCAGCAAUUAUGACCUUGUAUGUAGUUACUAAAACAGCAAAGGAAUGACCGUCAAAGUUUUGAGACUUACCCAUUUUCUUUCAAAUCAAUCCUAAAUCAUAUAUUCAAAAACAAUAUUUGACAAAAAAAAAAAAAUCAAACAAA